GGUCCAAAACGAAACUCGUUAAAAUGUAUCUCUAACAUCUUUAAUCGAGUUCGCUUCCUUAUCCUGUCAUAUGCUGCUGUCACCUGAUUCAUACACCAGGAUCAGUUUGUCACGGCAGGUGAUUCGACCUGAAAUGGGAGGUUUAACAGUGGUUUCUUUGCUUUUAUCGAUGCUGCUGAUCGGCUCCAGCAGAGCCAAAUACGAACCGAACUGGAAAUCCAUCGACUCCAGACCCCUGCCGGAGUGGUACGACCAGGCCAAAUUUGGGAUCUUCCUUCACUGGGGGGUUUUCUCUGUCCCGAGCUUCGGCAGCGAGUGGUUCUGGUGGUACUGGCAGAAGCAAAAACUAAAGCCGUAUGUUGACUUUAUGCAGAGGAAUUAUCCUCCAGACUUCAAGUAUCAAGACUUUGCACAACAGUUCACGGCUGAGUUCUUCGAUGCCAAAGAAUGGACAGAUAUCUUUGUCUCAUCUGGAGCAAAGUAUAUCGUCCUGACUACAAAACACCAUGAAGGUUUCACACUGUGGGGCUCAAAAAAUUCCUGGAACUGGAAUGCAGUGGAUGUUGGACCCAAAAGAGACCUGGUGGAGGAAGUGGCCAGUGCCCUCCGUGCUAACAGUGACCUACGUUUAGGGCUGUACCAUUCCCUCUUUGAGUGGUUUAAUCCGCUCUUUGAACAGGAUGCUGCCAAUUUUUUCACUACAAACUAUUUCCCCACCACCAAAACACUGCCCGAGCUUUAUGAGCUCAUCGUCAAGUACAAACCAGAGGUGCUGUGGUCUGAUGGGGAUGGAGAUGCACCGGACAAAUACUGGAACAGCACAGGUUUCUUAGCCUGGCUCUAUAAUGACAGUCCAGUGCGAGACACAGUGGUGACAAACGAUCGGUGGGGUUCUGGCUCCAUCUGCACCCACGGUGGAUAUUACACCUGUGCCGAUCGCUACCAGCCAGGACACCUGCUCAAACACAAAUGGGAAAACUGCAUGACCAUCGACACAAAGUCCUGGGGUUACAGACGUAAUGCUCCGCUCAGUGACUACCUCACCAUAGAGCAGCUUGUGGCGACAUUAGUAGAGACUGUGUCUUGUGGGGGAAACCUGCUGAUGAACGUCGGCCCCACACACGACGGACGAAUCUCUCCAAUCUUUGAGGAGCGUCUGAGGCAGAUAGGUCAGUGGCUGAAGGUGAAUGGGGACGCCAUCUACAACACAACAGCAUGGCGGGCUCAGAACGACAGCGUCACUCCGUCAAUCUGGUACACAUCCAGACCACAGGAGAAGGCCAUCUUUGCCAUUUUACUGGAGUGGCCCAAUAAUGGAUCUGUGAUUCUACAUGAACCAGUGGUUACACAAGGACAGACUCAGGUGGUGCUUCUCGGUCACGGGUCUCUGCAGUGGGAGCCUGUAAAGCCCAGCGGACUGCGGGUUCUACUGCCCCAGCUGUCUUUCAGCCAGAUGCCAUGCCAGUGGGCCUGGACACUGAGGCUGACAGGUGCCACGUAAAGGGAAACCAGAUCACUUGAAGAGGAACAGACAGAGCUGGAGGCCCAGAGGAAGAACCAGCAUUUUACGUUUAAAUCACUGAAACACAACCUGUGACAUAAAUCAAAUUUAUCUGUACUGAAAUGGGUGUAAAUCUGAGGGUAAGGAAAAAAAAAUAUUUGCACUGUACUGUCUGUAAUGGACACUCAUGUAUUUUAGUUUUAAAAUGUUUUUUUAAAUCAAAUACUCGUGCAGGGAAAUAAAGAAUAAACAUAAUCAUUGUUUUUAUCAAGGUUUUCUAACUUUGAGACCUAAAAGUCAUUUUCACAUUUUUCUACACUGCUGUAAUUAUUGCACGUUUUGUGAUUUCUUUGACAUCUGUAGCACUGAUGAAUGUGUUAAUGUAUGUUUUAUAUAUGAAGGAAUGUUCAAAUAAAAUUAAUGAAGCUUUCA